AGGAAGUGGGCGGUUGUGGUUGUGUGACCCGCUCAGGGUGUUCCCGUGUCUCUCAGUCGGGGUUUCAGUGUCGGUUCAGCUCGGAUCCUGCAAUGUGGCCCCCGGGGGCCCGCGCUGCUCUGCUGCUCCUGGGCUGCCUGGUGUGGGGGGACACAGCCCAACCUGGAGCGGGUCUCCAUGAAGUUUCUAUCGGAACAUUUACAGAACUGACACUGGAUCCAACAUCUCCCACCGAAAUCCUUCUACAGAACAUUCCAAGUAAUGUAUCCUUCAUCUUGUUCCAAGUGCACACUCAGUUCCAGAACGUCACACUCUCACUCAGCAAGAUCCCUAACCGAAACAAUUCGGAUACUGGCAGUGACACCGGAUUACUGACGGUCCUCCACCCCGAGCAGACUUUGUGCACCUGGUACUUGGAGUCCGGUCAUCCUGACAAAGUCCUGGCUUCAGUUGUUAACAUUCCGUACACUGAGAGAGAUCCUGUCCCAGGAGCGUGCAACUUGGAGUUUGACUUAGACAUUUACCCAAAUUUACAUUUAGAAUAUAAUUUGUAUGAAACAACGAUUACAUUUGCUCCAGCAAAUCUGGGCUAUGCCAGGGAUGCCAGUCCCCCUGCUUGUGAUGUGACGACAGGCCAGACCUCCCGAUGGCGGCUGCAGUAUGAUAUUUACCAAUAUUUCCUGCCAGAGAAUAAUCUGAAUAGCUCCACUCUCCUGGCACACCUGCAGAAGAUGUAUAUGGUGGAACAAGUGGUUGCCAAUGGAUUGAAGCUGGCUACCCUGGAAUCCAGUGACCCGCCGUUGGCAUCCUUCUCCUCCAUCCCUGGGCAAGGCGUGAUUUAUACAGUCAUCGUGCGCGAUCCCCUUCUUAAUACCUCAGCAGCGUAUGUUCCCGCUCACACGUACGCCUGUAACUUCACAGCAAAAAUGGAUAACUGCUACACACUGGGGAAAGGUUCUACCAAAGUUUUUUUUACGUUUUGUGCAGUGAUUGGACUCUUUAUUUGCUUCUUCGGACACAGAUAUCUAAAAACAGAUUUCUUCUUUAUGGGGUUCACGAUCACCGGAUUCCUGAUGUUUAUUCUCCUCAGUCGAGUGACUCUGCUGGAGUACGACACCCGCUUGUACUUGACAGCAGUGACUGGCGUUUUGGGGGGGCUCCUGCUAGUGGCGUUCUGGUGGCGCUGUGGUUGUGUCCGUAUCUGUAUCCUGUUUGUGGGGCUGGUGUUCGGGUUCCUUGUGGCGUCCAUCAUUUUCUUUACUCCAAUAGGAGAGUACGGAGUUUUUCGGAACAACCUGGUGUUUUGGCUGACCUUCUGCUGUUUCAUGAUGGUGUCUAGUGUAUUGCUCAUUAUUCCAAAACAUCUGAAUAUAUUGAGCUGUGCCAUGGUUGGAUCGUACAGCGUGGUUCUGGCGAUUGAUAGCUAUUUGUACACGAGUUUGUCCUACAUCACAUUAAACAUUCUCAAGAGAGCGUUAAACAAUGAAUUCAAUACAGCAUACACCAGCGUUCCCUUCCAAAGAAACGAUUUCAUCAUUAUCGCAUUAUGGGUUGUGCUGAUUAUGGCUGCCAUUACCACCCAGGUUCUCAGAGAGAGAGGGCGUCCCUCGUUCCCACCAUCCCCGUAUCUAAUAUGGAAACGAGACAGAGAGAGACGGAAAACCAAUGUUUUGGACCCAAGUCACCAUAUGCCACCACUGAAAGAACGGAUGCUGCUCAGACUGGCUAAGUUUAGGGACAUGUUCCGCCGGCCGCAACCUAUUGGAGAGAUAACUCCAUUGCUUCUCUAACCAAGUGUGGUGCCAUUGGUGUCCAUUGUAUCUAACAGAAAGAGGGCAGGGAGCUUUGAGGGCAGCAGUGGGGCACACUUGGAAAAGGUUUUGGUCUUGUGAUGGCGGGUGAGUUAUCCUGUAGCUCAGCCUGUACUGUGACGCAGAUAUAAAGAAACCUAGCUCUCGCCUGCAAGGUGUACAGAAUGAUGUAACCAGAGUCAGUAUUACAGUCUUUACCUGGAGUUACUUCCCAGCGGAGUAGGGCGCACAUGUGGAAUUCAGAACUCCCCACUUACUGUGGAAUGAAACCUGUCAGAUGGUAAAAUAACCAGCCAUUCAGUAAACUUGCCAAUAAGUCUCUAUCCCCUACCAGUGAUAUCAAUGUGUUGAUUCUUCCCAGAUAUGAUGUGGACAUUAUCUGCCUCCCCUGACAAGACACGAAAUGCAGAUUACCGGCACAAGAGAUCCUGUCAUAAAGUGGACGUGGUGAACACAUUGAAUUGUCCCUGUGUACAAGGCUAUGAAUGGCUUCUUUUGAAUGAAUUGUUAUAUUUGCUGCCUACUACUAGUCCUACACUCCGUUUCCUUUCUUAAUGCUGCGCGUUUAUACCUUGUUGUAGCUAAAUGGGGAGGCUGAAUUGUUGAGGACUAAUGGCUCCGGCUGUUAGCUAGUUUGCUCCCUGGUGCUCAUAGAGUUAAUAUUUUAUUUCAGAUAUUCUUUAAGAAUAGUUCUCAGGAUAUUUACAGACUACUUUCUAAUCUGUACAAUGUGUCAGUAUUAUCUACGUAAUGGGUCCUGUACUAACUAUGCCAUGGCUAAAUCACCAUGUCUUGGGGUGCAUCAGGCUUGUUCAACCUUUCAACCUUGCAUUUUGUAACACUCCCUCCCCCCCCGACUACAUUAUCCCAGAAUUCUUUAUAAGCCGGCGAGACACUGUAACCUGUUAACAAGAGAACCAAGGUUGGACUUCCCUGUUUACAACUAAAAAAAUAAAAUCACAUUCCAAAACAUGAAGCUACCGUCUAGGCCUCAUCAUAAAAUAAAAGCUGCAUUUGUGACACUACUGUCAAUUUGUGGAUUAUUCUAGAGAUCUGUUAGUUUCCCUAAUUGGCAGCGAAUGUCCACUUUCUCUCAUUGAGAAGAGACCUGUUAUGAGUAACAUGUAAUCAUUUUACAGUGUUUAUAAGUCUCUGUAUCACACAACAAACAUGCUUUGUAUAAAAUGUAACAUGAAAAAGCAGAAACAGGCACUGGGAGGAAAUUGUUCUAUUCUAACCUUUGGAAAAAGAAAACUGUCUAGUGAGC